AUGGCCACCCUCAACAUCAACUCCAAGGCAUUCUUUGUUCAUGAAGGAGGUAUAAGAUUGUUUGGCAAACUUGUCCUACUCGAUGAUCUCACAUUCCUAUCAAAUACAUCACUCUCACUGGUCUCCAACAAUGCCACACUAUCCACCAAUGGUAUCACUUUGAGUGGUGAGAUCAAUAUGAUCGCUGGUACCUUCAACCCUGUGUCUACAACCGUAAAGGGCACACUCAAUCGUCUUGGUGGAACAGUAUCAAUUGCCAAUUUAUUGGGUGAGAGUCUAACCGUACAAGGAUCAUUCAACUCUGGUGCUGGUGCAACUGUGCAGUUAAUUGACUCAUUCAAGACAGACUCCUCCUUCACUCCAAUUGUACUAGAUGGUGUGUCAUCCAUUCAAUCAGACCUGAUUGUCAAGUUUGUUGAGACCAUCCCUCAGCCAGCCACCUAUAAUCUGGUGUCAGCCGUCAACAACUCGACCAUUGGUGGAAUGUUCUCAAAUGUAGACGUGACCUGGACUCAAGGCCAAGUUGACGGUGUUGAGGCGACUCACACAACCCAUACCAUCAGUAUCACACUCCAACAACAAUAA